ACGGAUAUCAGGUUGCCGUUUGGUUCGCCGAUAGCCUCCUUUUUGGCAGAGUGCAGAUUAGGCGCCAGCUACGGAGAGCACUGGAUUACUGACGACAUCAGCAAUCCCGAACGGAAUACGCGUGCCACUCAUGGACUUCCUUAAGUCGGCCGUCGCCUCGGCGAUGGCCAAGGGUCCUCCGUUCCCCUACACCUUCGGCGACAAGGUCGACCUCGAUCCCUCCAUCUGGACUCUCUAUAACGGCACGCGACGGGAAGACAGCUCCAACUGCAGCAUCUUCUCGUUCGACGUCUCGGCAAAUCGAUCCGCUCUGCCCCUCGCCAAAAACGCCCUGAAGAAGCUGCGGACACUGCGACACCCGGGCGUCAUCAAGGUGCUGGAUACUGUUGAGACAGAUUCGUACAUCUACAUUGCGACGGAGCGAAUAGUGCCGCUACGAUGGCACGUCAAACGAAAGAGUCUAAGCCCAGAGACGGCGAAAUGGGGUCUAUACAGCGUUGCGAGAACAAUUAAGUUUAUCAACGACGAGGCAUCGUCGGUCCAUGGCAGUCUGAAGGUUGCCUCGGUCUACACAACCGAGAGCGGGGAGUGGAAACUGGGCGGCUUCGAGGUGCUCAGCAACGUCAAAGAUGACGAGGCUGUCAUAUAUACCUAUGGCAGCCUCGUGCCUGACUCGGGACGGUAUACCCCGCCAGAGCUGGCAAAGUCAGGCUGGGACGCCAUCAAGCGCAGUCCACACUCGGCCGUGGACGCUUACGAUUUCGGCGCCCUGAUCUUUGAGGUCUUCAACGGCACUUUCAACAGUGGCGACCAGGCCGGCCAGACCAAGAACAUCCCGCCCAGCAUGCAUUCUAGCUACAAGCGUCUUACCAACGCCAAUCCCAAGGCGAGACUCAGUGUCGCCCAUUUCCUUGAACAAGGCCGCCGAAGUGGCUCUUUUUUUGACACGCCUCUAAUCAAACUCACCGAUGGCAUCGAGAAUUUGGGCGUCAAGACAGAGGAGGAACGGGAAACCUUUCUGGACGACUUGGCGCAGCUCACAGAUGACUUUCCGGAAGACUUUUUUAAAAUGAAAGUCUUGCCAGAGCUAUUAAAAUCAGUUGAGUUUGGCGGCGGCGGUCCCAAGGCCUUUGGCGUUGUCAUGAAAAUCGCUACAAAGUUGUCGAACGAAGACUUCGAGACAAAAGUCACUCCGGUCUUGAUCCGCCUGUUUGGCAACCCCGACCGUGCCAUCAGAGUGUGCCUGUUAGACAACCUGCCGCUCAUGAUUGAUCGGCUAACUCAGAAGGUUGUGAACGAUAAGAUAUUCCCUCAAAUAGUCACCGGCUUUACCGACGUUGCGCCUGUCGUGAGAGAACAGACUCUGAAGUCUGUUCUUACUCUCAUCAUAAAGCUUUCGGACCGGACCAUCAACGGGGAGUUGCUGAGAUACUUGGCCAAAACCGCCAACGACGAGCAACCGGGGAUCCGCACCAACACAACGAUUUGUCUGGGCAAAAUUGCCAGGCACCUCGGAGCCUCCUCCAGGGCAAAAGUUCUGAUAGCCGCGUUCACGCGAUCGCUGAGGGACCCCUUCGUCCACGCCAGGAACGCCGCCCUCCUGGCGCUGUCGGUAACAGCCGAGUACUUCUCCGACGAGGACUGUGCGCUCCGCAUCCUGCCCGCGAUCUGCCCCUCCCUAAUAGACAAGGAGAAGCUCGUCCGCGACCAAGCAGUCAAGACAAUGGAUGUCUACCUCGCCAAGAUCAAGAAGGCCGCUGCCGGCAUGCCCGACUCGGUGCUCCCCCCCGAAGGCGCAUCGUCCGCGGCGGGCGGCGGCGGCCCGAGAAUGAGUACCCCGCAGCCAACCGAAUCGGCCACGGCAGCUUCUUGGGCGGGGUGGGCCAUCUCGUCCUUCACAAACAAGCUCUCCGCCGCGGCAGGCGAGAUCCAAUCAUCGUCGACUCCGGUCAACGGAAAAGGGACAACACCGCCGCCAUCCAAACGCCCUGCCACAGCCUCGCAAACACCCUCCACCUCAUCGGCUACAACCCUCCACCGCCAAGUACUCAGAUCUCCUCCCGCGUCCGCACCGCUGAGCAAAGACUCCUUCUUCCAGGACGAGCCCGGGCCAGCGGAUGACGCCGACGACGCGGCCGAUGCCUGGGGUGAUAUGGAUGACAUGCCCGACGAAAACGACAACGAGAGGGACAACGACGGCGCCGCGGCCUUUUUCAGCGAUGACAUCCAACCUUCCAAGUCUGGCACCACCAGCAGUACCAUUCCAAAAAAGAAGACGACGCCGACGGCGAGCAGCAGCAGUGCACCUGCCACCGCGAGAACGACGCCCUUUGACGACGGCUCCGAGCCAGAUUUCGCCGGAUGGCUGGCUGCGCAGGCACAGAAGAAGAUGAGCAGUGGUGGGGCGUUGCCUAAAGGGUUGGCUAAGGCCGGUACUGGGUCUGCUGUGGGUGUAACGAGCGCCGCGGCGGCGGCGGGGAAGAAGACGGCGGCACCAUCGGCGAAGAGCAAGGUGAUGGUGGCUGCGAAGACGAAGAAGAUUGAUUUGAAGCCCAAGGAGAGCAGCAGCCUGGAAGAUGACGGGUGGGGUGGCUGGUGAGAGCCUGCCUGACGCAGAGUCAGCUUCAGCUUAGGCUCCGGCUCCGGCUCCGGCUCAGGCCCAGGCUCAGGCAAGAAAAAGGUUUGGGGGGCCGGG